AUGAAGAUGUCGAAGCUCGCUAUCACUGUAUGCAUGGUUGGGGUCAUGAACCAAGCUCUCGUAAAGGCCGACGACCCAAAGCCGCCGCCAGUUCCGACCGAGUCGACGACCGUCGAAAGCAGCUCUGGAUCUACUGACGCGCACGAAAGCAACGAGCACCAAGAGCACUACGGCAAGAAGAAUGAGGACUGUGACGAUGACAGCCAUGACGAUUACUAUGGCAAAGGCUACGGCGGGUGGUACCCGAGCUACGGCAACCACUACAACGCGUACGGCUACGGCAAGUACGACAACGAUUACGGCUACGGCUAUGCUGGAGGCUACUAUGGCUACGACCCCAGCACCUACAACUAUGCCUACGCGUAUGGAGUCGACCAGCCCUACAGCUACGGCUACGGCUAUGGGGACUUCUACGGCUGGCCCUAUGGCUACGGCUAUAACUAUGGAUUUGACGACUGCAAGGACGACCAUCACGGCCACAAGAAGCACGGCUAUGGCUAUGGCUACAAUUACUAA